CAACACUAAAGUCGAACAUGUCAUUGCUCCACUGAAAUUUGUGUUCCACUUCAAGGAAAAUGGACACUGAUCUACCGAACAGAGAUACGAUAUCCGAAGGAGAAGCCUUUGUUCCUACCCUGUCCCGUCCUUCCUUGAAGCAGGAAGAUCCAAAUGAUCAAACUAAAGCUGGUUCGGCAGUGUUUAGUUCGUUGUUUGCUGACACAUAUGCUCUCCAGCAGUCGCCGAGAAAUUCCAAGGUUCCCAAACCCGCCGACAAACCCGGUGGAGAAGUUCAAUUUGUACGUCGGAUUAUAGCUGAAGAUCCUACCUUCAACCUGGCCGCGGUUACGUCCCUUUCGGAACUUUGUCUUCGAAGGUGCAUUGAAAACUUUGCUUAUAAUUCCAGUGUCCUUGCUCACCUGGAUCAGCAACAAAAGCGGCGUCUCUUGGAUACCCUGCCUCCCAAUAUGCCACUCAAAGUGACUGCUCAUAUCAUAGGAGAGGAUCCAUAUUGGUGUCGCUGCUGUCAGGAGCACUGGAAAGUUGUCGAUUUAUCACGGCAUGGCGGUUCUUGGAAGAGGGCUUUUUUUGAGAAAAUGCUCGAAGAUACCAUAGAGACUUUCGUGCCUAGUUACACAUAUGCGCCACGUCUGGAAGAAUGCGUUACGUAUGCCGCACCCUAUGUUUACCGUCUGGACAUAAAGCAACUGCUACCUCCAUUAAAACAACAACCAAAAGAUAGAAAUUCGGAGGAUCAUUCAGAUGAUGAAAGUGAUUCAGAACAAGAUACACUACCUCAAAAAUUUGAUCAUCUUGAACUCGGCCCUGUUUUGGCUAAGCUGGUUCAUUUGGAGGAGUUAGCUGUGACAUACGGUGCAAAGGAUUGUGGGAUGAAUUUUGAAUGGUCAAUGUUUCAGUUCACUUCGAACGACUGCCUCAGUUUAUGCAAGGCCAUACAACAACACCCCAGCAUUAAGGUCCUUCAUCUAACCAGGAGUCGGGUUGAUUCAGAGCGCUGCAGAGUUCUCACAAAUCACCUUGUUCGGCAUCCGACGUUGGAAUGCCUAGACCUAGCCCACAACUUUAUUGGUGAUCGUGGAGCGCGAGCGCUGAGCAAACUGGUUUGUGGUCAGUCGAAAAUACAAACGCUGAACCUAGCUGACAAUCGCUUGCAGGCCAGCGGUGGUCUCUCGUUAGCUCAUGCCUUAGCGAAGAAGUCAUGCAGUUUAGUUCGUCUGAACUUACGGCUGAACAGACUAAAAGAUGAAGGCGGAGUAGCGAUUGCCAAGAGUCUUUUGAGGAAUAGUACGCUGAAGGAACUCAAUCUGGCAGCAAACGAUUUAGAAGAGUCAUCAGGAGAUCAUUUUGCACAUGUCGUUGGUUACAACACAGUGCUGACUCAUCUGGACCUAUCGAAUAAUCAAAUGGGACAGGCGGCUAGCCAAAGAUUGCUUGAUGGGAUGGUGAGAAAUGAAACGCUUCUAUACUUUGAUCUCCGAUUCACCGGAAGCUGCCAGGAAGCUGAGUACACAAUUUACCAACAAAUUGAGAAGAAUCAAGACAAUUUGCGAAAACGUUUAGCCGCCCAGCAUAAAGCUCCGGUUGAAGAAACAGACACCGUGCUUGACGAUACGAGUCUACCUACGGGUGUAACCAGUGUAGCCAACCAGCACACACUAACUGUUCCAACUUUAGACCCUGUCUUGAGUUUAUAAGAUUAAUCCUAUAUAUCUAUUUGAAGCUGCCCGCGAUAACUACCCAUGAGUGAGAAAGACACCAUGAUUGUUGCAAAGAUGAACAAAG